AUGUCCCAGAUCACACACUUCCCCACGCCAUCGCCGGCGCCGCCGCUGAAUCCUGAGCUCAAGUCUACGCGCAGAUUCAGCCUGCAGCUCCAUAACCCCUUGCCUCAUUAUUACGGGCGGCGCAAGCGCUCGAUUCCAGAGCAGAAGACGGAGCCCGACAAUUUCAUGAAGAGUGACCAGCUCAAGGCGCAGAGCGAACUUCUCAGGACCAAGCAGGUCAGGUUCACGCCCUCAGCGCAGACACCACCUACCCUUUCUGCGCCCGUUGGCCCACGGCCCAUGCCCCGACUGCCGCGUGCCCCACUCAGCCCGCCCGUAGAGCCCGUCGACGACCGGUGUCGCUGCACAAUCUGUCAGCGUGCCGAGGCCGCCCAGAUCAAGAGCGACCGCCUUUCCCGCCUGUCCCUCACGUCGGACGAGUCGGCCAUCACGCUGGCCGUGUCUGUGCCAUAA